AUUCCGGUUUGUGCCUUCCACGAGCAGAACUAAAGAAUCAAACUUGCCCACACAACCAAAAUGUUUACAUUAUCCGCCCCUGCAUUUCCUUCUUUCUACUUCAAGUUUCUCCUGCUUGCUCUCUUCCUUACCCACGUAAGCCCUCAACUGCAUGACGAACCAGAACAAGCUCUCUUAAUUAAAAUAAAGACAUACUGGCAGAACCCACCAUCCAUCAACCAUUGGGCCCCAUCACCAAACUCAUCCUCACAUUGUAGCUGGCCUGAAAUCACCUGCCUCAACGACUCAGUUACCGGGUUAACCCUUGCCAACAAAGGCAUCAAUGAAAUAAUCCCACCUUUCAUUUGUGACCUUAAGAACCUUACAUCCAUUGAUCUUCACUACAACAACCUCAUAGGUAAAUUUCCAAAAACUUUGUACAAUUGUUCCAAACUUGAGUACCUGGAUCUCUCUGAAAACUACUUUGAUGGCACAAUCCCUGAUGACAUUGACAGCUUAGGUCAGCUCCAGAACUUGAACCUUAUGGGUAAUAAUUUUUCUGGUCAAAUUCCGGUGGCCAUUGGACGGUUACAGGACCUAAGGAGUCUUCAGCUCUGUUCCAACCAGUUCAAUGGUUCUUUCCCGCCAGAAAUUGGUAACUUGUCUAAACUUGAAUUUUUGGGAUUGGCAUAUAAUACGAAAUUCCAGCCAUCCAAGUUACCUCCCACUUUCAAACAAUUGAAGAAGCUGAAGACAUUAUGGAUGACAAAAGCAAGUUUAGUUGGUGAAAUCCCCGAUAUGAUUGGAGAUAUGACAGCUCUCGAGGUGCUGGAUUUAUCUAUCAAUAAACUAACGGGAAACAUCCCAAGUGCUUUGUUCUUGCUAAAGAACUUGGAGGGAGUAUAUCUUUUCGACAACAAAUUAUCUGGAGAGAUUCCUCAAGUAAUUAAAGCUUCGAAUCUGAGGGUGAUCGAUCUCUCUCAAAAUAACCUGACUGGAAGAAUCCCGAGUGAUAUUGGGAAACUAGAAAAUGUAACAGGUUUAGUUCUCUUUUUUAAUCAACUGUCAGGUGAAAUUCCAGAAAGCAUUGGACGAAUCUCAACACUAACAGACGUUAGACUGUUCAGCAACAAUCUAUCGAGCACUCUGCCUCCAGAUUUCGGUCGAUAUUCAAUGCUCGAGUAUUUCGAGGUUGCUUCUAACAGGCUUACAGGGAGGUUGCCUGAACAUUUAUGCCACGGAGGGAAGCUGCUAGGACUUGUAGCCUUUGAUAACAAUCUAGCUGGAGAAUUGCCAAAAUCACUUGGUAAUUGUAAUAGCUUGAUAAUGGUCAACAUUCGCAACAAUGGUCUUACUGGGAGCAUUCCUAGUGGUCUAUGGACAUCGUUGAACUUGUCAAUGUUGAUGAUAAGCGAUAACCUUUUUACAGGUGAGCUUCCCAAAAAAGUGUCACAUAAUCUUUCUCGACUCGAGAUUAGUAACAACAAGUUUUUUGGACAAAUUCCCGCUGAGGUGAAUUCAUGGAAAAGCCUGGUUGUCUUUAAGGCUAGUAAUAACCUCUUGAAUAGUACAAUUCCCAGAGCAUUGACAGCUCUUCCCUUUCUUACUACUCUUUUGCUUGAUCAAAACCAACUCCACGGCUUCCUUCCAUCACCUAUAAUCUCAUGGAGGUCACUCGUCGCUCUAAACCUUGGUCAAAAUCAACUUUCUGGCCAAAUUCCAGAGGAUAUUUGUGCCCUACCAAGCCUUCUUGAGUUAGACUUGUCCAAAAACCAAUUUUCCGGCCAAAUUCCUCCUAAACUUGGCCUUCUGAGGCUUACUUCCCUCAACCUUUCGUCCAAUCUUUUCAUCGGUAAUAUCCCAAAACAGUUUGAAAAUGCUGCAUAUUCCAAUAGUUUCCUUCACAAUCCUGGUCUCUGUGCCAGUUCUCAGUACAUAAACCUCGAGAACUGCAGUUCACCUAAAAAAUCUAGCAUAAUUGCCCCGCAAAAUCCUACUAGGAUUUGCGGUAUUGUGAUAGGAAUAUUUGUAUUGAUUUCGGCAUUUUCAUUCUUCGUGAUUAAGUAUUAUUGGAAGAAAGAGCGUGUAUCGGAUCCAGAAUUGAAGCUCACCUUCUACCAAAACUUCAAUUUUACAGAAUCAGACAUUUUGUCAAGAUUGAUAGAAGGAAACAAGAUUGGAAGUGGAGGAUCGGGAAAUGUGUAUCGCGUUGAGUUGACUUGUUCUGACAAUGUUAACAAACAUGCCAACGUUGUUGCUGCUAAAGUCAUUAAGAAUGACCGAAAGUCGAGGCCUUUACUUGAAAAGCAAUUUCGGGCUGAAGUCGAGAUAUUGGGUAAAAUUAGACAUUUGAACAUAGUGAAAUUGAUAUGUUGCAUUUCAAGUGACACUUCAAAAGUUCUAGUCUACGAGUAUUUGGAAAAUCGUAGCUUAGACCUAUGGCUCCAUAAGCAUCGGGCAACAACUCUUUCCUGUUCAACACAUAAUUUUAUCUUGGAUUGGCCUAAGAGGUUACAAAUUGCAAUUCAGGCUGCCCAAGGACUCUGCUACAUGCACCAUUAUUGUUCAGCACCCAUUAUUCAUCGAGAUGUGAAGUCAAGCAACAUUUUAUUAGAUUCUGAGUUCAAUGCUAAAAUUGCUGAUUUUGGUCUUGCUAAGAUGUCAAUCAAGCGAGGAGAAGAACCUAUAACUGUUUCUGGCGUGGCUGGCUCGGUUGGCUACAUAGCUCCUGAAUAUGCUCGAACAACAAGAAUAGAUGAGAAGAUUGAUGUAUAUAGCUUUGGAGUCAUUCUUUUGGAGCUAACAACUGGAAGAGAAGCGCACAAUGGAGAUAAGAACAGAUCGCUUGCAGAGUGGGCUCAGCAUUACUUUCAAGAUAACAACUCAAUAGUGGAUGCAUUAGAUGAGGAGAUCAAGGAAGCUUGUUAUUUAGAUCAAGUGUGCAAUGUCUUUAAAGUUGGAAUCCAUUGUACUAGAACUUCACCAUCAAGAAGACCUUGCAUGAGGAAAGUUUUGCAAAUGCUACAGAAAAGCAGUCAUUCUCAUAUUAUUGAGGACAAGAAUGAAAAUAGAUGGGACAAUAAUGUGUUGAAGUAGGACUUGCAUUGAAAACCACAUCAAUGCAAGCUAUUGACCAUAGGUUCGUAUGUGGUUAUUUUGUAUUAAGAUAGCUAGAUUCCUAUCAUAUUAUGAUAGCUAUGCAUCUUGUGGAUGACUUGCGUAAUAAUUAGCAUGUAUUUUGUGCCUAGCUUAUGAACGGAACUUGCUAGUUAAGUUCUGCUAUGUAUUAAAACUAAUUCAAUGCAUAUCAGAACAUUAAGCUUUUGUUGUU